AAUCUUUCGAGUCAGACGCACUAAACUGAACACUGGCAGACGCUGCUUUUUUGUAAUCUAGUUCCUAACUUCCUUGUUCCUCCCUCUUCCUCGGUCAAUCCACUCCAUUUUCUUUCCCCACUCAAUAUAUUUCUGAUUUUCAGGCCUUUAGAUCUCUCUCUCUCUCUCUCGUCAAAUUGAAUCAAAUCAUCCAUGGCCUUCCGAAGGCAGCUCUUGAACAAAGCUUUAGGAGGAAGGGGAGAGGCUAAGACCAAGAUUGCUGACUACCACCAUUGUUAUCGCAGGCCAUCUCUCUCUACUACUACGGCUUCUUCUUCUUCUGCUGCCGCUGGUGUUGGUGAACCGUUGCUGCCACCUUUUGAUUACGAGCCUCGGCCUUACAAUGGACCUCGAGCCGAUCAAGUAUUCCAGAAGCGAAAAAAGUUUCUGGGUCCUUCUCUUUUCCAUUAUUAUCAGAACCCUCUCAAUAUUGUUGAAGGGAAGAUGCAAUAUUUGUUCGACGAGAAUGGCAGGCGGUAUCUUGACGCUUUCGCCGGGAUUGUAACCGUUUCUUGUGGACAUUGCCAUCCAGAUGUUUUGAAUGCUAUCAUAGAACAGAGCAAGCUUCUGCAGCAUGCCACAACCAUUUACUUACACCACGCAAUAGCUGAUUUUGCUGAGGCAUUAGCUUCCAAAAUGCCUGGAAAUUUAAAGGUUGUUUACUUUGUGAAUUCUGGGACAGAAGCAAAUGAAUUAGCAAUGCUGAUGGCUCGUCUAUACAGUGGUAGUCUCGGUAUGAUUUCGUUGAGAAAUGCAUAUCAUGGGGGAAGUUCUAAUACAAUUGGUUUGACGGCUUUGAACACAUGGAAGUAUCCAAUUCCACAGGGUGAAAUUCAUCACGUUGUAAAUCCAGAUCCUUACCAUGGGAUCUUUGGAUCUGAUGCCAAAAGUUAUGCUAAGGAUGUACAAGAUCACAUUGACUAUGGAACUUCAGGAAAAAUUGCUGGGUUUAUAUCUGAAACAAUACAGGGAGUUGGAGGAGCAGUUGAACUGGCCCCUGGAUAUUUAAAACUGGUUUAUGACCUUGUUCGCAAGGCUGGUGGUGUCUGCAUUGCUGAUGAAGUACAAACUGGAUUUGGCCGCACAGGAAGCCAUUAUUGGGGCUUUGAAACACAGGAUGUCAUUCCUGAUAUAGUUACCAUGGCAAAGGGAAUUGGAAAUGGAUUGCCAUUGGGAGCAGUGGUGACAACACCAGAAAUAGCAAGUGUACUAGCCCAAAAGAUUCAAUUCAACACUUUUGGUGGAAACCCUGUAUGCUCUGCUGGAGGGCUUGCAGUGCUAAGAGUUAUUGAUAAGGAGAAGCGUCAAGUUCAUUGUGCUGAUGUUGGCUCUCACUUACUGGGGCGUUUGAGAGACCUUCAGGAAAGAUAUGAAAUCAUUGGAGAUGUCAGAGGCCGAGGCUUAAUGGUGGGGAUAGAACUUGUUACUGACAGGAAAGAGAAGACACCUGCGAAGGCAGAAACCGCUAUUUUGUUUGAGAAACUCAGAGAGCUCGGAGUUCUAGUUGGGAAAGGAGGACUACAUGGAAAUGUUUUUAGGAUAAAGCCACCGAUGUGUUUUACCAAACAAGAUGCAGAUUUCCUUGUUGAUGCUUUGGACUACUCUAUGUCAAAGUUGUGAGGGCUAAUAAACGAAGAGCCAACCUGAUAAUGUGCUUUGUAAAAAACUUUGAAUAAUGUGAAGUUAAAUCCCAAGCUUUCGUGCUCAUAUAGCACGAGAAGGAGCAGCUUGAUCCUCUUGUCGAAGGUGUCUAGAAGUCGUUGGAUGGAACGAAUCCAUGUAUGAGGAGCGAGGACACAAAUUUGUGCUCCAAAAUGGAUUCCUUUAGUUUAUUGCUAGAGGCCAUUACAAGAGUGAAACAAGCUGUGCAUGUUUGUUCCUUGUUAAGGAAUUAAGGAUGAAUGUUUCAUAUUUACUAAGCCGGAAGUGCUUUUCAACACCCUCCA